GUUUCCAAGCCAACGAUUAACAAGGCUUGUUACCUUCUCAGGCUUACUACCAAAUUUGCCAUAAUUUGUGCAGGCAUAAUCUGGUACAAUCCAUGGCAUCCACAUCAAUAACCAUGCCCACCUCUCCAGCUUCUACGGCAACAAAAGAGGUUUUCAAAGAACGUAGCGGUCUUUGCCGAUCACAUUCUGGGAUAAAUCUUUGUAAGAAAGCUGGCAUCCGGAGGUCUUACUCAGAUAACCACCUUUGUUACUUUGUUAACCGCAUUCGUUGUGAAUCAUCAAAACCAAACCUAAAGAACAAUCGGUCUGCUGGGAUAUUCUUGUUGCAGAUAUCUAGCUCCAUAAUUCCAGACUCGCUCAAAUCAUUUCUGUAUGAUCCAGAGAUGAAUAAGGAUUCGAGUAUAGCUGACAAGGAUGUGAAUUUUGAUGAGAAUCCCAUGGAAAAUGAUGAAGAAGAGAAGGAAAUUAAAGAGCAAACUGGGUGGAUAGAUGAGGUUGGUUGUGUUGCAAAUUAUGACUCGGAAGGAGAAGGAAGCAAAGAGAUAUAUGAUCGUGAAUCCUUCUCGAAAUUAUUGGUCCAGGUACCGUGGUCUGAUACCAAGCUUUUCUCUCAGCUGGCCUUCUUAUGCAACAUGGCUUAUGUGAUACCAGAGCUCAAGGGCAAGGAUUUGAAGAGAUAUUAUGGCCUGGAGUUUGUUACAUCUUCAGUGGAAAAGAAAGCAGAGGUGGCUGCAAUUAAAGUAAAACUUGAUCAGGACUUAACUCGUGUACCUGUAACUGCUACAGCAGCCAGCGAAUCCAACUUCCAGAAACCUGUGGAUUCAGAGCAGAAACGUUCUAGCCGCUCAUCAAUUGCUUAUGAGAUUGCUGCUUCAGUUGCCUCUUAUGUUCAGUCACGCACAAAGAACCUUUUAGCUCCAAGCUCCAAGUCCCACCAUGAGGGUCAUAAUGUUGGUCUAGGUAAAGAUGGAGACCAGCCCGAAAAGGAAGAAGAGAACUUACCUCGAGUGUAUGAAUCAGAGGUGGCUGCUUAUAUGGCAGCAUCAACAAUGACUGCUGUGGUUGCAGCAGGGGAGAAGGAGAAGCAAGAGGCUGCGAGGGAUCUUCAGUCAGUUCAUUCAUCACCUUGUGAAUGGUUCAUUUGUGAUGACUCAAGCACAUAUACUCGUUGCUUUGUGAUUCAGGGAUCAGACUCAUUGGCAUCUUGGCUGGCAAACCUUUUCUUUGAACCGACUAAAUUUGAGGAUACGGAUGUGUUCGUUCACAGGGGAAUUUAUGAAGCUGCAAAGGGUAUCUAUCAACAAUUCUUGCCAGAAAUUAUGGACCAUGCGAAGAAACAUGGGGAUCGUGCAAAAUUUCAAUUCAUCGGUCAUUCCCUUGGUGGUAGCCUUUCUCUUUUAGUUAACUUGAUGUUGCUGACUAGGAGAGUUGUCAAGCCUUCUGCUAUGAGGCUAGUAGUCACUUUUGGCUCACCAUUUGUGUUCUGCGAAGGUCAGAAGAUACUGAAACUCUUGGGCUUGGAUGAGAGCCAUGUUCAUUGCGUGACGAUGCACAGGGACAUUGUCCCUAGAGCCUUUUCCUGCAAAUAUCCCAACCAUGUCUCACUAUUCCUUAAGCAAGUUUCAAGAACUUCAAGCAUUACUGUUGUCCUUGAAUCUGCUCGGGCUGAAGCUGCUUUGAAUCUAUUCCUGUACAUGCUAGCCAGCCAUGUUCUAGGGGCCAUCUGGUACUUGCUUUCAGUAGAAACACAAGUCCGGUGUUGGCGUAAUGUUGCGAGGAAACAUAGGCUUGACCGACGUCUUUUGUACUGUAAUGAUGAUAAAGAUCCUAGACGAACCGAUAAUUCAUCAAACCCUGAUUUGCUACCUCUCCUGAACACUUACUGCCCUUUGAUCAAUCCUGAUGAUACAAAUUCAACAGUCUUCAAUUUUGGAAUAUUUAUUGAUGCACUCCAGUCAGGGAUCGUGGAAACUAGGGAUUUCCGUAAAAAAUUGUUUUACUGCUUCUGGUGGGGUCUUCGUAAUCUCAGCUCUGUAGGGCAGAAUCUGAAAACAAGCACUUUUGUUGGGGAGAUUAUCUUUGCUGUUGUCAUUUCCAUUGCUGGACUGGUUUUGUUUGCAUUACUUAUUGGCAACAUGCAGAAAUAUCUGCAGUCAAUAACUGCAGUAAAGGUUGAAGAAAUGAGAAUCAAAAGAGCAGAUGCAGAGCGAUGGAUGAAACACAGAAAGCUACCGGGGAACCUUAAGGAAAGAAUCCGGCGGUAUCAACAGCGUAAAUGGCAAGAAACCAGAGGGGUUGACGAAGAGAGUCUAAUUAGUUGCCUUCCAAGAGUUCUCAGGCAAGACAUAAAGCGUCAUCUUUGCUUGGAUUUGCUCAUGAAAGUACCCAUGUUUGAGAAAAUGGAUGAGCAGCUGUUAGAUGCAAUGUGUGAUCGUCUCAAACCUGUACUUUACACUGAAAAAAGCUACAUUGAAAGGGAGGGGGAUCCGGUGGAGGAGAUGCUGUUUAUAAAUCGAGGAAAUUUGGUCAGCACCACCACCAACGGUGGAAUAACUGGCUUCUUCAAUGCUGUUAAUCUCAAAGCCGGUGACUUUUGUGGAGAAGCACUUCUUACUUGGGCAUUGGAUCCUCAGUCCUACUCUCAUCUACCCAUCUCCACCAGAACCGUACAGGCUUUGUCCGAAGUCGAGGCCUUUGCUCUGUUAGCUGACGACCUAAAGUUCCUCGCCUCCCAACACCGGCGUCUCCAUAGCAAACAGCUCCAGCGCAUUUUCAGAUUCUACUCCGUGCAGUGGAAGACAUGGGCGGCCAGCUUCAUACAGGCAGCCUGGCGGCGGUACUGCAGGAGGAAGUUUCUUAAAUUGUUACGGGAUGAGGAAGCUAGGCUGCAGAAUGCUCUGGCUGAUGACUCCGGCGUGAGCGUUGGCGCCUCGAUUUACGUGUCGAGAUUUGCAGCCAAUGCGUUGCGAAACUUGCGACAGGAUGAGGCUCCGACUUCCGGAAUGCCGGAGCGACUGCCGCUGCUGCCUCAGAAGCCGGCGGAGCCUGAUUUCGGAGCCUGAUUUUACUGCUGAUCAAGACCACUAAAUGUUAAUUCUCUGUUUUUUCAAUUUUCUGUUUCAUAUGUGCUUGGAUAAAUUUGGAAGAAUCUGUAUAAUAUUCUGCUUAGUAUAAUGGCUUAAUGUAAACAUGUUUGUUCAUGUCAAGAAUUUCCAGAAGGAAAAGAAAAAAAGAAGUUAUUU